CUAAACUGCUAAGCGAUGACCUUCCCUCCCGCCACUCAGCGCCGGACCACCGAGGGCGAGCUCAUUGCCUGGCUUCAGCGAAAAAUCGCCCAGGCUCCGCCAUGUUUUCCCAGUGAGCAUGCGCGCGAGUACGCACGCACGCACGCACGCACGCACGCCCCAGCUCUAACCAAUCAGCGCCCACGUCGGCGUUCCGUUCAGCGCAGGGGCGGGGCGACUUUCUGCACAUGCGCACGGUUGGGUGGGCCUCGUUCCUUCUCGCCGAGCGCCGCCAACAUGGUGUUCAGGCGUUUCGUGGAGGUUGGCCGGGUGGCCUACGUCUCCUUCGGGCCUCAUGCCGGGAAGCUGGUCGCGAUCGUAGAUGUUAUCGAUCAGAACAGGGCUUUGGUUGAUGGACCUUGCACUCGAGUAAGGAGACAGGCUAUGCCUUUCAAAUGCAUGCAGCUCACUGACUUCAUCCUGAAGUUCCCACACAGUGCCCGCCAGAAGUAUGUUCGACAAGCCUGGGAGAAGGCAGAUAUCAAUACAAAGUGGGCAGCCACAAGAUGGGCCAAGAAGAUUGAAGCCAGAGAAAAGAAAGCCAAGAUGACAGAUUUUGAUCGUUACAAAGUAAUGAAGGCAAAGAAAAUGAGGAACCGAAUAAUCAAGCUUGAAGUUAAGAAGCUCCAAAAGGCAGCUCUCCUGAAAGCUUCUCCCAAAAAAGCACCUGCUGCUAAAGGUGCCGCUGCAGCUGCAGCAGCUGCUGCAAAGGUUCCAGCAAAAAAGGUGACCGCUGCAGGCAAGAAGGCUCCAGGCCAGAAGGUUCCCGCCCAGAAACCUGCAGGCCAGAAGGCAGCGCCUCCAAAAGCUCAAAAGGGUCCGAAAGCCCCAGCCCAGAAAGCACCUGCUGCUCCCAAGGCAUCUGGCAAGAAAGCAUGAGAACACGAGGGGCUACUAUAAACGUAUAAUAAAGGUUCUUUUUAACACACUG